AUGAUUCUUGGAACAGAAGUCAAUGAAUUCGUUUCAAAUCGACAAUAAUCUAAAAUACAUUAUCUUUCUGAAGAGAACAGAUCCUUAUAAGAAUAUAUUCAAGAUUUAGAAAGUGCCUUAAAAUUAAAUAAAUAAGCCAUGACUCUUACAUUGGAAGGUCUAAAUAAAAGACCAUAAGUAUUAUCAAUAGAUUACAUAGUUGACAACAGAUAAUAGCACAAUGUCAACUGGUUAUAAUUAUCCAAAUUCAUAAUUAGAAAGAGUCAUUUAGUUAUUGAAUGAAGAGAAUCAAAAAUUAAUCAAAGGAUUAUCUAAAUAAUAAGCAAUUACUUAAUAAUUAUAAACUAAAAUUUUAUUACAAGAAUAGAUAUCAGAGGAAUAAUAAGAUUAUUAUAAAGACUUGAUAGGAGAUUUGGAAUACAAAUUAAUAGAAUUGAAGAGAAAUGUUCAUGAUAAAGAAUAUGCAAUCUAAGAAUUGGAAAGAAUGAAACCAAUCCAAGAGAGAGAAGGUCAAUUCUAUAAGAUGAUUGAAAUAGUCUCUCCUUCAGAAUAGAAUCUUAGAUUACAUGAAGAACUUGUUAAUGUCAGAAAUUUAUUGAAUAAAAUUACUUAAGAAGCUUAAACCUUAAGUGAUACCAAUAUUGCCUUAAAAGAAGGCAAUUAUGUAAGUAUAUUUAUAUUUUAGUUUCUUAAAAGGGAAAUGUUCAAAAUAAGAAUUGUUUUGAGGAGUUAAAUUAAUUUUUAGACAAUGAAAAGUAAAUUUGUUUAAAAUUUUUACUAGAUUUCGUUUAUGAUGAAUAUUUAGAUAAAACUGAUGAAAAUCUUUAAAUCAAUAGGGAAGUUUAAAAUUAGAGAGGCAAAUUGGAACAAAUGCAAUAGGAUUUAUGUGGAACAUCUUGUUUAGGAUAUGGUUUCUCUCCAGAACCUUAAUAACUUAAAUAUUUGAGCAAAAAUGAACGCAUGAUUUAUUAAGAAAAAUUGCAUAAGAUGGAAAUGAUGGUAAAAGGAUUUAAGGAAUUAUUCGAAAAAGAGAAAAAUGCUAAUUUACAUAUUAGACAAUUAUACAAUGAUUUAUUGACUAAGUAUGAUUAUGUUAUAGAUACAAAUCAAUUGAUAAUAAAAUCUAACAAUUUAAAAGAUGAAAGAAAUGAAAAAUAAUAAAUAGAACUCUAAUUCUACAAAAAAUAAAGUUAAAGUCUUAUGGAAUAAUUGAGAAAUAGAAAGGUUUUUAAUUCUAUUCCCUUAAAUUAAGAAUAAGAUAUAGCUGUAGGAAUAUUUAGUCCGAGAUAUCAAUAAAAAUAAUUAAAUAAUAAUCAAUCAUAAUCAUCUUCAUCUAAAGUAUAAUAAAUUGGAUUUGAUGAUUUAGAAAUUAAGAACUCUAAUAAAUAGUUAAUAAAUCUUAAUAAUCAAUUAAAAACUAAAGAAAUUAAUUUAAUAUAGAGUAAUUAACCAAAAAAAUAGAUUUAACAAUUAGACAUUGAAGAUGACAGUUUAUCAAUUGAACAAGAGAGAUACAUUUGCCAAACUGCAAGAGGUAAUAAUCAAAUAACUUCUAAAUUAAACUAAAUAUAAUAAGAGGGACAUAUUUAUUAGUAUUUAGAUAUGAGUAAAGAAGAGUGCAUUGAAUUCUUAAUGUCGAUGUUUAAUGAUUAUUUUAAGAAAUUUGAUGUAAAUGAAUUUAUUAUGUAGUUAAGCAAUGUCAAGAAAUAAUAAUUGAUGAAUUAAAUUUAAAAUAGACAAUCCAACAAAAGAUCCAUUAAAAGAUCUUAUAGUAAUCCUUAUCUUUAUUUUUCUAAUGUUAAUGCAAUCACUUUUAAUAAACCACCAAAAUAAUCUGUUAUUGCUCUCGUAUAUAAUAGUUAUAUUUUAGGCAAAAAAUGAAAUUUAGUUACUAGUAGCUGAAAUCUAAACCAAAAAGUAGAAAUAAAUAUAAAAUGGUGUCUUUAGUGUAGAUGUCUCUAAAAUAGAUAUGAAAUAAAAUAAAAGAUAAAUGUUUGAAAACGAUUUAAGUUUUAUUUCUAAUUUAGAUGGUCAAGAAUGA